CAUGGAAAAAUUGAAGAAUGCUCAAUGUAUAUUGGUUCAUCAAACUGACGACUUUUAGGAUAUACUAGUGUGGUGACACAGUGUUGUCAGUCGCUCACGCUUAUACCAGUAUUGCGAGGACCCGGUUCGUAAUAUCAAAAAUCGCUUAAUACAUGCAGGAAGAUUAUAAAUUGAACCUCAUCACGAUCUACCAUCUCGAGUCAACAUUGAAUAUUGAUCAUUUCGACAGCUAUAACCAUUUGAAUUCCACGUCGAUUCAAAAUACAUCCUCACAUCAAAUUCUCAACAUGACAUCCGAUCCCACCUCCCCAAUCCCCAUCAUCGACUUCUCUCCAUUUCUACACCCCACCUCCCAGACUUCUCGUCUCGAAACCGCCAAAGCGCUCGUCGAGGCCUGUCGUCACGUCGGUUUCGUAUACAUCAUUAAUCAUGAUAUCCCAUCUUCAUUACUGGAAGAAGCUUUCGCAAUGACGAAAGAACUAUUCGAUCUUUCACAUGAGGAAAAAAUGCAAGCUGAACAUCCACCGGGUCCAUGUGUUCAUAGAGGUUAUUCGUAUCCGGGAUUGGAGAAGGUUUAUCAGGUUAUUAGUGAUGAUGUUAAAUUGGGGGAAAAGUUGAGAGACGUAAGGGAUUGUAAGGUGGGUUUGUUUAAGACUUUAUCUUAUUAUCCGAUCUUCCUUUUCAAUAUCGCGUUUAGUAGUGAUUGGAUGAAGUGGAACCUAAUUGAAUUGUUUUCCAUUGGACCAUAAAUGAACUAACAAAACAAUAUCAUCACAGGAAAGUUACGAAAUUGGUUCUGAAAAAAACCCCGAGCAGCCCAACAUCUGGCUUCCCGAAUCCACUCUCCCAAACUUCCACUCCUUCAUGCAAUCCUUCUACCACCGUCUCUCCUCUACCGAACAGCAAAUCCUCUUAGCUCUCGGCACAGGACUAGAACUCCAUAAUCCCUCCUUCCUUGCAGAUUUUCAUUCCGGAAAUGGUAAUCAACUACGACUUCUCCAUUAUCCUCCUAUUCCCGCUUCUGAAAUCGAAAAAGGAAUUGCAGCCAGAAUGCCAGCACAUAGUGACUUCGGAAGUAUCACCCUAGUAUUCCAAGACGAAUGUGGAGGAUUAGAAAUCGAACAUCCUAAAAAACCUGGUGAAUUUAUCAGGGCCCAUCCGCUUAAAGAUGCUAUUGUGAUGAAUGUAGGGGAUUUAUUGAUGAGGUGGACAAAUGGUAUUUUCCCUCUUUUUUCUUUCCAGAUCAUGUUGUGUGAAUAUCUGUCAUGUUAACAAAAUACAGAUGAUCUCAAAUCAACACUUCAUCGCGUACAACUCCCUCCAUUAAGUACUCGCUAUACGAUUACAGAUGAAGGAGAGAAGAUCACGCAAGCGCGUUAUUCUAUUCCAUAUUUUUGUGGUCCGGAUGCAGAUAAGGUUAUAGAAGUUCUUGGGGAGUGUGUAAAGGAUGGAGAAGAGAAGAAGUAUGAACCAAUUACGGCGGGGGAAUAUUUCAAGAUGAGGUAUGCGUUGGCGUAUAAGAGUUAAAUGGAGGCUGACGAACCUCGGGUGGAAACAUCGGAAUACAUUCUAUUGGCAAGUGAUGGAUGUAUUUAACUUCUUCGCUAGUGGUGAAUUGUUGGUCGCUUGACUUUUUGACUUGAUUGGUACGGUGUUUUCGUUUUUUAAUGCAAAAUAGGCUUAAAUUUAUAGCUAUAGCUAUAUAGCUAUACACAAUCUAAUUGCAGCUCCG